AUGGCUCCGAUCAAGCGCAAGCGCGAAGAGAACGACUCGAAGGUCCCGACGCCUACCACGCCCCAGCCGACGCCCAGCACCGCCGCUGCAAAUGCAACCCUUUCCUUAGCUCGCCCGCCGAAGGCGAAGCUUAAGGUCCAGGUGUCGGGUUCGAGCGCUCAGGUGCUGAAUCGAGGCCAUACCGCUACAGGUCUGGCUCCCACUCCGAAUCCUCGCCAGAGGCCCACGACGAAGUCUGCGGCGGUCCCUAAAGUCGCUGAGACUCCGGAUGAGGAGUCUGACGAAGAAGAACUCCCGCCUGUAAAGCGUAGCCGUACGAAGCUCAACACUCUCAAGACUUCGGCACGUGGCAGCCUCAACCCGGCUGCUAUGAUCAUGCCUGUUCUGGCGAAUAUGUCGGGAACAGGUGGCCUUGUUCCAUCCGUUGCUCACCCAGACCAGGCAACCACCGGCGCUCAAGUUGCAGCGCAGAACUCGGCACCCUCCGGCACCGCUGCGCCUCUCGUGAUUCCGGCCGGCCAAUACCCGUACGCCCCCGACGCCGUCGAGUUCCCACAAGCUCACGCGGCCUACAUGAACGAAGUUCGAGGCCUCGAAGUCCAGGCCCAGUUCGACCCCGUGACCUCGACGUCCGCUUGCACGCUCCUGAUCCGUCACGUCAUCAACGACUAUAUCUUCCUUGGUUAUAGUCAGACGGAAUGCAUCCCUCGAUACAACAAACAGGGAGGCAAAGUCACGAGGGAGGCGGCUAUCUCGAAGGCCGUCAUGUUCAACGUGUCGACUUGGUUUACCGAGCAGGGAGUGGUUCGCCCGUGGAAGGCUUUGAGGGAAGCCGACAGGGUUAGGCUGAAGGAGCUGGGGCUGGGUCCUGAGCACUUUCCCAUCGUGCCGCCUAGGGUCCAGAGCGGAACGCUUGCUUCUCAAGCACGAGCGCAGACCCAACAGGUGGCUCCUCAAGCUACUCAGCCUCAGACUACACUGCUUGGUGGCGCUCAUCAAGUUCAUUCGGUCGGUUCGAAGCCGGGCCGUACUGCUAAGUCUAAGCACGCGACCGGAAUUCGUAACAUUCCCGCUAAGAUUCCAACGACCAACAACAUUGGAUUGGCAACCGCUGAGUUAUCUGCGCAGGACUCGGAUGCUGACUUCGACCCAAUGGAGGUCGAUCAGGUUGUGAAUACCGUUGAGGCGCAAGAAGAUGGCUCCAGCGAGGGUUCCGAUGACGGCUCAGACCUUACCAGCAGUGGUUCGGCCAACGAUGCCUCGGAUGAUGCGGAUAAGCGCUCCGAGUCCGACACUGGCGAAGAAGUCGAUUUCCGCGACUGGAUCAUGAAGCAUGAUCGCCUUGAGCACGACCCAGAGCUGGUGUCUAAAGAGAUCUCGAAGAGCGAUUACCUUCGCGCGGCACUGAACGUCAUGAGGAGCCCGAUCCUGUUGCACCUGGAAGACGCCCCAGAGCAAUACCGCGCCAUCCGACCAGACGCAUUGUUCCUCUACACAGAUAAGAACAAGUGCGCAGAUAUUGAGAAGAUGGCCAGGGAUGGCAAGAUCCUCGUUGACGCAGACUCCGCUGAGGUGCUGCAGACAUUCAUCGAUUCCAUCUCGCCGGUCCCACGCAGGAGUCUUCCGACGCACGAGCUUCAGUACAACGCCGCCGACGUCGACUGCUUUGGCAUCCUCAAGCCAGAUGCCGUCAAAGCCACGAAGAUUGAGUACACCAUUGAGCGUCUCUGGGACCAGUACUUCGUCGCCAAGGAGCUAAAGUGCGCUGUCGGCAAAGACAUGGUGCUAGACCGCUUCCACUGGCUCUAUAAUGAGCAGAUGAGGCUGAAGGUCAAGAACGGCUCAGAGUCGGAGUCGAAACUCAAUGUGCUGGACUUCGAUAUCGUGGAUAUCCUGAACCAACUGGAUCCGCAAGACGGCGAUCUCGGCAUCAUAACCUUCUUCGCGGAUGUCCUGAAGGCGGAGGGGAAGCUGUAUGAGAUGCUUUCAGACCGCGAACUGUUCGCGGAGGAGGUUCACAUUGUACUCAUGAAGUGCUCCAGCUUGGUCCUCGGUGGGCGGGAUUGCCUCGACGGGGCGAAGCAGGGCGACUUCUGCGAUCGAUAUCAUUCGCACUCCCAAGAUGCCGAGUGCUACAAAGAAAUCGCAGAGGACUACGGUCCCGAGCGGCUGGCCAGCUGGCUCUACUGGGCCGCGGACGACCGACUUCCCAAGCCCGAGUCCAGCAACCCGCAGUCGGUAGCAAGCGGCGGCGUGGCUCAGCCUAAGCCGACGGCGAAGCAACUUGCCCUUACGCGGCAGAAGAAACAGCUGCUCGACGAGAUCCAACUUGACCGCAAAGAGCUAACAGAGCAGAGGAUCCAUCUAGGCAACAGUGGAAUCUGGAGCACUGCGGUCCUGAGGAGCUACAAAGCGGAACUGGAACGUGGACUUCCUUGGAACGGCGGUCUGGCGCGCGCUUACAGGGAGGCAUGCAAGAUCCUGGAUGACAUCGACAACCUCGCUUUCCACGAGCGGCUGAUGUGGACGGGCAAGAACUUCUGGCGUCUGUAUGAGCGUGUCAGUGCGAAAGUACAAAGAGAGGUGAUGGCCCUGGAGGCAAAUGCUCGAGCGACAGGAGAGAAACGGAGACAGCCUGCGACGGGCGGAAAGGUUUGA